AUGGACAAUGAGAAGGACCAAAUCCAGGACAUCGGAGAGAUCGUUGAAUAUGCACAAGAUUAUUCAAAAGUUGACCCGAAUGCCACAUCACUCGCGCGAGAGAAUCGUCUCGUCCGCAAGAUCGAUUUCCGUGUGCUGCCGCCGCUCGCCAUCAUGUUUGCCAUCUCCAUCAUCGACCGCAUCAACAUCGGAUCGGCCAAGGUGCUGGGUAUGACUAAAGACUUGGAGUUGACGGGCAAUCGAUACAAUGUCUGCCUCCUCCUGUUCUUCCCGGCGUACAUCCUCGCCGAGCUACCUUCCAACCACCUCCUGGUCAAGUUUCGCCCGGCCGUCUGGUUGGCCUUCAUCAUGUUCUCGUGGGGAGCUGUGCUUACCGGCAUGGCCUUCACUCACAACUGGCGGGCCCUAGCCUUCCUUCGCUUUGUGCUCGGGCUCUUCGAAGGAGGACUGUUGCCGGGAGUGGUAUACAUCAUUAGCUCAUGGUACUGUCGCUAUGAAGUUCACCGGAGAAUCGGUUGGACCUACUCUGCGGGCAUCCUCAGCUCGGCCUUUGCGGGAGUGCUAUCGUAUGCGCUCGGUCUUAUGGGGGGCAUCCGAAACAUGGCGGGUUGGAGGUGGAUCUAUGCAAUCGAAGGUGGUACGACAAUGGUUAUUGCCAUUAUCUGUUAUUUCUGCCUUGCUCCAUUCCCUGAAGAGUCCUGCUUUCUUAAAGCAGCAGACAAAGAUCUGUACAUGGCUCGACUCGAGCGCGACCGUGGAAACUCGGCGACCGAGCUAAUUACUUGGAAGGUUCUCAAAGAGACGCUGACUGACUGGACAACCUGGAUAACUUGGCUUCUAUUCACCUUCACCAACUCGUCCACCUAUGCCCUUGCUUUUUUCGUGCCGACAAUUCUCACGGAUAUGGGCUAUACUGGAUUGAAAGCCAGUCUUUUUUCCGCAUGGCCCUAUCUCCCCACCAUCGGAAUUUUGUGGAUCGGAUCCUACAUCAGCGACAAAACCAAAAUGCGUAUUCCUAUCAUCAUUUUCCAGAGCAUCCUCAUGAUCAUUGGAUUCAUCCUCAUGCGAUCUCAAUUCACCAAUGAAGUCCGCUAUCUGGGCGUCUUCUUGGCAACCAUAGGCUGCCAGUGUAACGUCCCUGCACAGAUUUCUCUCGCGCAGACGAACGCAAUAGGGUCCGGUCAGCGGUCUAUCAUGGCAGUCGUGACGAUGUGGGGAGGGGCUUCGGGAGGCAUCAUCGGGAGUCUCAUCUUCCGAACACAGGAUGCUCCUCAUUACACCCCGGGGCUGUAUACCUCAAUUGCCAUGGCCUCUUGUAUCAUUCUGGGGAUGUUAGGUUUGGGCUCCUAUUAUCAUCUUUGUAACAAGCGAGCUGAGAAAGGUGCCGUCAUCUACGGGAUCGAGGGUUAUCGAUAUUCAUUGUAAUCCUGCAAGGUUUUUAAUCAACCUGGUUUUAUAGCCUUCAAAAUCUGUUUGUAUUUAAGUCAAUGUUAAAAACCACUUAUGUUGUU